UGCGUUUUAGUCGCUGAGCAGUCGGCCGGCCUACAGCCGGCGAAGGCGCUCGCGGCGGGUGUGGGUCUGUGGGUCUGUGGCUCCGGCAGUCGCAGGCGGAGGCCCGCGAGGAGGGAAGCAGCUUCCGCGGGGCGGAGGUGUGCGCGCCUUGCCUGUGGCGGCCGUGUCUCCCGGGAGAUGCUGUGACGGACUUGCACGGGAGCAGCUCGGGCCUCGCCUCGUGCCCCACUGGACUCGGCAGCCGCAGCGGCUCGGUCACCGGCCCUUCUCAGUGGAAGUAUGCGAGACCUCACAGCACAAGUGACUAGUGGUCUUCUGCAGUUCCCAGAAGUGACUAUUCAAGCCCUUGGAGAAGACGAAAUAACAUUAGAAUCUGUGCUUCGUGGAAAGUUUGCUGCAGGGAAAAAUGGACUUGCUUACUUGGCUUGCGGUCCACAACUUGAGGUUGUAAACUCUCUAACAGGAGAGCGGUUGUCUGCAUAUCAAUUCAGUGGAGUGAAUGAGCAGCCUCCUAUAGUCCUGGCUGUGAAAGAAUUUUCUUGGCAGAAGAGAGCUGGAUUGUUAAUCGGAUUAGAAGAAACAGAAGGGAGUGUUCUCUGUCUUUAUGAUCUUGGUUUAUCAAGAGUGGUUAAAGCAGUUGUUCUUCCUGGAAGGGUAACAGCUAUUGAACCUAUAAUCAAUCAUGGAGGAGCCAGUGCAAGCACUCAGCAUUUACACCCAAGUCUGCGAUGGCUUUUUGGUGUAGCAGCUGUGGUAACUGAUGUUGGACAGAUCCUUCUUAUUGACCUGUGUUUGGAUGACUUGUCAUGCAGUCAGAAUGAAGUAGAGGCAUCAGAUCUUGAAGUUAUAACUGGUAUCCCAGCUGAAGUACCACACAUCAGAGAAAAUGUGAUGCGAGAAGGACGCCAUCUGUGUUUUCAGUUAGUAAGCCCAUCAGGAACAGCCAUUUCAACUCUUAGUUACAUAAACAGGACAAAUCAGCUUGCUGUGGGUUUUUCUGAUGGCUAUCUAGCACUUUGGAAUAUGAAAAGCAUGAAAAGAGAAUACUUCACACAGUUGGAAGGUGGAAGAGUUCCUGUAUACGCUGUUACUUUUCAAGAACCUGAGAAUGAUCCUCGUAAUUGCUGUUACUUGUGGGCUGUUCAGUCUACCCAAGAUAGUGAAGGCGAUGUCUUGAGUUUGCAUCUGCUUCAGCUGGCCUUUGGUGACAGAAAGUGUUUGGCAUCAGGACAAAUCUUAUAUGAGGGGUUAGAGUACUGUGAAGAAAGAUAUACACUGGACCUCACUGGUGGCAUGUUUCCUUUGAGGGGACAGACUGGUAAUACCAAACUUUUGGGAUGUCAGAGUAUAGAGAAAUUUCGAUCUCAUGGUGACAGGGAGGAAGGCAUGAAUGAAGCUCUGUCUCCUGACACCAGUGUUUCAGUCUUUACCUGGCAGGUGACUGUAUAUGGACAGGGAAAGCCUUCUAUAUAUUUGGGACUUUUUGACAUAAAUCGUUGGUAUCAUGCACAAAUGCCAGAUUCAUUAAGAUCAGGAGAGUAUCUACAUAAUUGCUCUUAUUUUGCUUUGUGGUCACUGGAUUCUGUUGUGAGUAGUACUUCUCCACACUACAUCUUGGAUAUAUUAGUACAUGAGAGAAGUUUAAGUCGAGGAGUUCCUCCUUCAUACCCACCUCCUGAGCAGUUUUUUAACCCAAGCACUUACAAUUUUGAUGCCACCUGUUUGUUGAACUCAGGAGUUGUUCAUAUAACUUGUACUGGCUUUCAGAAGGAGACUUUGACUUUUUUAAAGAGAUCAGGACCAUCUCUGAAUGAAGUGAUUCCUGAUGGUUAUAAUCGAUGUCUUGUGGCUGGCCUUCUCUCACCAAGACUUACUGAUAUUCAGCCUUCCAGCUUAAGUCAGGAAGAACAGUUAGAAGCUAUAUUGUCAGCAGCAGUACAGACAAGUUCUCUGGGACUUUUGACUGGAUGUAUCAGAAGGUGGAUAACAGAAGAACAACCAAAUUCUGCUGCUAAUUUGCGUUUUGUUCUUGAAUGGACAUGGAAUAAAGUGGUUCUCACAAAAGAGGAAUUUGACAGACUUUGUGCACCAUUAUUUGAUGGUUCAUGUCAUUUCAUUGAUCCACAAACUAUACAGUCCAUCCAACAGUGCCAUUUACUUCUGAGCAACCUUCAUACAGUCUUAAGCUGUUUUGCAACAGAAGCCCAAGAAAUCACUGAAAGAGGACUUAUGGACUUGAGCAAUAAGUAUAUGGUUUCCCAGCUCAUCUGUCAGUAUGCACAAGUGGUUCUUUGGUUUUCUCAUUCUGGGCUGUUACCAGAGGGCUUAGAUGAUGCUGUGCAGUUGUCAAGGUUAUACUACAACUACCCUGUAAUUCAGAACUACUACACCAGUCGUCGACAGAAAUGUGAGCGCUUAUCAAGAGGGAAGUGGAACCCUGAUUACUUAAUGAUUGAUGGAAUGGUUUCUCAGUUAGGCGAUCGAGUGGAGAAGUUGUGGAAGCGGGAUGAAGGAGGCACAGGAAAAUAUCCUCCUACUAGUCUACAUGCAUUACUUGACAUAUACCUACUAGACAACGUUGCCGAAGCAAGCAAGCAUUCUGUUACCAUUUAUUUGCUACUUGAUAUUAUGUAUUCCUUUCCAAACAAAACGGAUACUUCCAUCGAAUCAUUUCCAACUGCCUUUGCCAUUUCUUGGGGCCAGGUUAAACUUAUCCAAGGGUUUUGGCUGAUAGAUCAUAAUGACUAUGAGAGUGGUUUGGAUCUUCUGUUUCACCCAGCUACUGCAAAACCCUUGUCAUGGCAACAUUCAAAGAUUAUUCAAGCCUUCAUGAGUCAGGGUGAGCACAGACAAGCCCUCAGAUAUAUUCAAACAAUGAAGCCAACAGUGUCCAGUGGUAGUGAUGUUAUCCUUCACCUCACUGUUUUGCUUUCUAAUAGAUGCAUGGUUGAGGCCUGGAGUUUACUGCGACAACAUUCUAAUAGGUUGAAUAUAGAGGAGUUGCUCAAGCACACGUAUGAAGUCUGUCAGGAAAUGGGCUUAAUGGAGGAUUUACUGAAGCUGCCAUUUACAGACACUGAGCAGGAGUGUUUGGUGAGAUUUUUACAAUCCAGUGCCAGUGUUCAGAAUCAUGAAUUCCUUUUAGUUCACCAUUUGCAGCGUGCCAAUUAUAUUCCUGCCUUGAAGCUGAACCAGACUCUGAAGAUUAAUCUUAUGAAUGAUCGUGAUCCUCGUUUGCGGGAGAGAUCAGUGGCUCGAAAUUCUAUAUUAGACCAGUAUGGGAAAAUUCUUCCUAGAGUCCAGCGAAAAUUAGCCAUUGAGCGAGCUAAACCUUACCAUGUGUCAACAUCAUCAGUUCUUCGAGAAGUUUCUAGACCGAAACCAUUAUCAGCAGUUCCAAAGCAAGCUGUAACGGGGACUGUGUUAACAAGAUCUACUUUCAUCAAUAAUGUGUUAUCUAAAAUUGGAGAGGUUUGGGCAAGCAGUGAACAUAAAAAUAGCAUCUCAAUCUACAAUAGUCCUAAAAUAGAGGAACCAUCUCCUGUAGUAUAUUCUCUCCCAAAUCCAGAGCUGCCUGAGGCAUUUGUUGGAACACCAAUUUCGAAAGCAUCACAAAAAAUUUCUAGACUACUGGAUUUGAUUGUUCAUCCUGUCCCCCAGCCUUCUCAGUGUCUGGGGUUUAUUCAGCAAACCCUCAUAAGAUCUCCUUUGUACCUGGCAUCCAGUUCAUUGCCAGUAAGUUCACAAUUAAAAAGAUCACAUCAAAAUUGCUCCAGAGCUUCAGAAUUACAUUUACUUGAAACUCCUCUUGUAGUUAAGAAAGCUAAGACUUUGGCCAUGUCAGUUACUUCCUCUGGAUAUGCUGAGUUCACUCCUCAAUCCAUUCUAAGGUCUGGUCUUCGAACAACACCUUUAGCGUCUCCCUCGCUGUCACCUGGAAGGUCUCUUACUCCUCCUUCACGACUCAAAGAAACUAGAAUUUCAUUCAUGGAAGAAGGCAUGACCAUAAAGUGGACUGCUGGAGCUGCAGAUGACAGCAAAACAAAAGCAUUUGUUACUGUACCUUUCCAUAAAUGUGGAGUUCCAGCAGAAACCGAAUGGCUAAAGGACAAAGAUAAGACAACAUCUUUUCCCCUGAAUAGCACUGAAGAGGACCAUCAAGAAAUGGAUGUACGGUCACAGGAUACAACUUCACAAAGUUUGGAGAAACUGGAUAUGAGCAUAGAAAAUAGCAAUGCUUCAACCAGAUCAGACCAGACUACCUUGGAGUAUCAGGAUGCUCGGUUACCAGAAGACUUUGAAAAUAGUCUCAUGGCCUCUAAACCAGUGAGCUCUUCCACUGAACUGAUUACCAAUUUAACUGAACAAACCGAGAAGGACAGUGAUAAAGAUGUGUUUGAAUCAGAAGUAACUCCUCCAGACCUGGAGAAACAAACGGACACUUCAGAAGAUGCAGAAACAAAGGAUCUCUUAGUUACAGAGGGUGCACUUUCAGAAUCAAAUCACUUAAGCCCCAUUCAAGGAGUUGAAGCUUCUCUUUCUGUGCCAUCAAUCUGUGAAGGGAAAAUCCUCAUCCCGAAGUCCAAGAAACCAGUUUUAGAUGAAGGACCAGUAUCUGUUGAAACCUGUACCUCUACAGUUAGAACAGAUAACAAUAAAUCGAUGGCAGAUGUCCUUGGUGGUAGUGGAAGCUCUGGGCUCAUUACCUCUGAAAGCCCUGUUGUCUCUGAAGAUAGGCUUGACCAGGAAAUAGCACUGAACUUAAAAGAAGAUCAUGAAGUAGAAGUUGAUAUAUUAAAAGCAAGUGUUGACAUACCAGAAGAGCCUCCAAUUUCUGAUGAUCCUCCUGAUUCUCAAGAAAUUCAUGUAAUUGAGCAUGAAAAGCUUGAAGUUCAAGAUUCAGAACAAGAGGCUAGGAAUCUUUCAUGUAAUGAGUUGUAUCCCUCAGGAACUCUUAAGCUUCAAUAUAAUUUUGAUACCAUUGAGCAACAGUUUUGUGACUUGCCUGAUAAUAAAGACUCUGCUGAGUGUGACAUUGCUGAAGUAGAUGGGGAACUUUUUGUGGCACAGAGCAACUUUACCUUGAUUUUGGAAGGUGAAGAAGGAGAAGUAGAGACAGGUGAUUCUGCAGCAUCUAAUGUGUUAGCUAAAGCAGCUAACACGGCAACUGAGGAAAAACUUGUAAACAGUGGAGAAAAUGAGAAUCACAGCCAUGUUGCAAAUGUGCCAUCUGUCAUAACUAGUGAUCAGGAGUCCCAGAAGGUAGAGACGUUACCAUAUGUGCCUGAACCAAUUAAAGUAGCAAUUGCAGAAAAUUUAUUGGAUGUAAUUAAAGACACAAGAAGUAAAGAAAUUACUUCGGAUACAAUGGAACAGUCCAUUCAUGAAAACAUACCUUUAAUAAGCCAAAAGGUAAUGCGUUCCACCAGGUUAGCCAAAUCUACGUUUAAGACUGUUCAGGAAACAAGUACAGUGACUAUAAAUGUCAGCCAGGUUGAUGACGUGAUUUCUUCUAGAACUCGCAAGAAAAGACGUGUCCAAAACAUGAAUGUCAAAUCAGCACAACAGGAAGAGUCAGCAGAUGUUGCUACUCCUGAGAAGCUGGGGCUUUCAGUUACAAAGAAAACUAGGAAAACAAAAGAAGUUUCGGAGGCUUUUGAAAGUGUCUGUUGUGAUGGCAGAGAAGUAUCUCAGAACCAGCAAAUACCUCAAAGUUCUAUUACUCCUAGGAGAGGAAGGAGAAAAAAAGAAAUUAACCAAGACACAUUAGAAACUGUUAAUUCUAUAGAACAAGAAUUACAAGUUACUCCAGGUAGGGAAUUAAGAAGAUUAAAAUCAUCUCAGCCUUUGGAACCAGCAACUGAAGAAACUUUUUAUAGAAAAGAAGUUAAGCUUUCAUCUGUUACAAAAAGGGCUCCUAAAAGAAUGAAAAAAUCGGUGGAAAAUGAGGAAAGUGUUGAAAUUAUAAAUGAUCUGAAAGUUAGUAAAGUAGCAAGUCCUAGCAGAAGUACCAGAAAAUUGAGACAUGCUAAUUUGGAAACUUCUGAAAAUGUAGGAUAUAAACAAGAUGAGGAGUCCAUUGAACAGCAGCUGCCUAUUCGACAUAGUAAAAGGGUUAAAAAGAGAGAAGUUAGUGCAUCGGAUGUUAUAGGAGAUUCCAAACAUGAUUCAUCCCAAUUGACUCUCCAAGCAGAAUUUGAUACACCUGCUACGCCUAGGAAACGUGGUAGACCAAGAAAAAAUAAUCCAUCUGAAGAUGCAGGAUCUAAGGCUGUUAAGGAAGCAAGAAGUCCCAGGAAGGCAGAAGGUCUCAGCAUCCAAAGGAGAUCUACAAGAAAUACCCCAGCUAAAAGUGAAAAUACUGAUGUUGGAAAACCAGCUUUAGAAAAAUCAGUUUUAGUGCCAGAUGAGGAACUUGCUACAGCAACGAGUUCUAAGAAAAGGCUUACAAAAAGGUCUGAAAACCAAAGCCAAAAACGUCCAUUACGCUCAAUAUCAGAAAAAUGCAUAGAUGAAGAAAUGACACACAAAGAAUCUAAUGAACAAGAAGAAAAAUUGCUUGCCACAGUUGCUUUGACUAAAUCUUCCCGUAGCACAAGGACUAGAUCUAGCAAGGCCAUCUUAUUAGCAGACCUUUCUGAACCAAACAAUGACUCUUUUUUAUUUUCUCCUCCUGUGUCAAAGGAUCCAAGGAAAGAGAAAGCUAAAAAAAUAGAGGCUCCUGCACAGUUGAAAGAAUUAGUUUCAGAUUUAUCCUCUCAAUUUGUCCUCUCACCUCCUACUUUAAGGACCAGGCAGAAAAUCACAUCUAAUACAUCCAAACUUGUGGAUAAACUGGAAGAUGAUGCUCAAUCAAUAGAAACUGUGGGAAAGCAGCAAGUGAAAAGAAUCAGGGCUACAAAAACAAAACAAGCAAGCAAAAACACAGAAGAAGAAAGUUGGUCACCUCCUCCAGUAGAAAUUAAGCUGAUUUCACCUUUGGCAAGUCCAACUGAUGCAGUAAAGAGCAAGCCAAGAAAAACUGCAGAAGUGACAGGAAAAACUCUUGGAAGGAGCAGGAAGAAAUUGUCUUCCUUUCCAAAGCAAGUUUUACGCAGAAAAAUGCUGUAAUUUUUUUCAAGUUUUUAAUGUACACCUAUUUGUAAAGUCAUCAGAAUUCUGUGGAUUAUUAAAAAUCAUCUAAUUUGGAAGAAAAUAAUUUAUAUAAAUUAUUGUAAAUUUUUGUAAACAUAAGGUCUUCAAUAAGUAAAGUAACUCCAUAUGGAGUGUGAUUCUUUUAGUCCAGGCAGUUUUUCUAUUUUAUAUUAAGACUUCAUACAUUUAUAUUAUAUGUAAAUAUGGCUUAUUAUUGGAAUGUUAAAUAAAGUAUAUACUUCACAGUA